GAUUCAAAUAUUUAAACAAUUCAACCGAUUUCGUAUUCUUGUCUGUGGUGGUGAUGGUUCAAUUGGCUGGGUGAUGAAAGAAGUAGACAACACUAAUCUUACAAACAAGGUUCAGAUAGGAGUUCUUCCUCUGGGUACAGGAAAUGAUUUAUCAAGAGUUCUUGGUUGGGGAACUUCAUUUGCUGAUGAUAAUUCCCUUCCACAGUUCUUGCAACAUCUAGAAAGAGCCAAAGCUUUGAUGCUUGACAGGUGGAGUAUUAUGACACAGGAAUGUAACCCAACUUUACCACCUUCAAGGUCUUCCUCAACAGAAACCUUAGAUGCUCCU